AUAACAAGACGACUCUGGAUUUCUUUCAUCAUCGUCGUUCGUGACAUCAUCUUCCCGUCAUUCGAUGCGAUCGAGAAAUUGUCUCGCAAGGAAACGAACGGGGCACAGAGAGAAAAAGGCGAAGCUUUGGAUCGGAGACAACGAUCAAUAUUUUGACCCAAGAAAAUUGCGGGCGGAGCGAAGAUGGUUGCCAUACUAACACGGGGUGCUUUUCUGAAAGCGGCGGCACUAGCGUCAUCGCUCACAAUCUCCCCAUCGUCCCCGGCAGUCGAUUUUGAUUUGGCCAGCGGCACCCAAACCGGAGGUGUCGUAGGAACCGCACAGCCCGGACCGUUUCCAUCGGUGUCUUCCACCGUGGUUGGAACAAUUCCAUCGCCGCUCGAAGACCGCCAAUACGCCGCGGCUGCUGCCUUUGUGCGACGGGAAAUCACUCGCAUCGUUAGGGAGGAGAACCCCUCCAUGGCGGGGUCCAUCCUCAGGCUUUCGUUUCACGACGCGACGGUGCGGAGUGUCGCCAGCGAUCCGAGCAUUGGCGGGGCGGAUGGUUCCAUUCGCUACGAGCUCGAGUGGCCCGAAAACCGGGGCCUAGCGAAGCCCCUGGCAGUGGUGACAAGCGUCUACGAAGAGCAGCUGGUUCGAUUCUCGGUACCGGGAAGUUCUCCAAUAGAAGAAGAGAACGCACCACUUCCCUCGUGUCCCCUGUCCUUUGCCGACACGCUCGCCCUAUCGGGUGCCGCUGCGGUGGAGGCCGCGGAGGGCCCACAGAUCCCGGUCCGGCUGGGCCGGAGGGACAAGGAAGUUGCGGACAAUCGGUUCCUGGAUCGGCCGAUCCCCGGAUUUACAACUAUGGAUCAAGGCCCCGGCGAUCGGGCCUCGAUCACCUCGAGCCUUCCCUCGGCCGGCCUGGACUCGCUCGGUCUCCGAAACUACUUUCGGAGGCUCGGGCUGACGGAGAGCGAGCUGGUGGCCCUGAGCGGGGCCCACGACCUGGGCCGCCACGUAACGCUAUUGGGAAUGCGCAAGGACUGCCUCCGGGACCUUACCCGCGCCUGUCUGGAAGAUGCUCCCGUGCUGUGGCCGUUUGUCACGAAGGAUCCCGACACCCUCUCGAAUCGUUACUUUGCGACUCUCCUCCGCUGGAACAAGCGGGAGAUCGAGAGAGGGGAGGCCUCGUUUAUUCCCACAGAUGUCGCCCUGGUGGUCGACGACGGAUUGAAGAGGCACGUUGUGGCUUUUGCCAAAGACGAGAAGCUGUUCUUUCGGCGUUUCCGGACCGCCUACCAAAAGUUGGUCGAUUCCACGGCGAGCUCGCAGUCGAGGUUUUGAGUUUACUCAUGCUCGUGUUGUUGUCGGUGCCUGGUCGAAAGAUUGAUUAGUUGUUCACGCAAACAUCGUUCCCUGCAUUCUGCGUACUAGGCCAGAGCCACAAUCACCGGAACACAAACUUUUGAUGCUCUUGCAUGUAGUGUCGACCGACGAUGUGUAGACACCAAGGUUCCUUCGGGGUACGAAAAAUACCUAUUCGAUUCGAAGGGUAUUGUCGGCCAUGCCCUUCGCAUAGACCUGGACGAGUGAGCUCGAACCCACUAGUCGGUUUGGUUUGAAGUGCUUCAGUUUCGGUUGAAUCAUGGUACAUCCUCUGGGUCGAAUAUUUUUGAACGAUGCUACAGGGAGGGAGAGAAAGGGAAAUUCCGUUAGCGGAUGAAAAACUACUAUUGUUACCUCCUCUUCCCGAAAUAUAGGCGUUGGAACUUGCAAGGGAAAGUAGUAGGGAAGAAUUAAAAAUUGCCGGUGCUGUCUUCAAAUCGGAAGCGACUACAACAAGCAGUAUUGAAUGCCAAAGCAACGACUGCACUACUACUGCUGUUGAUAGUGGUACUGAGGUGAACAUCAUAAUAGUACUCGUACUAGUACUACUACUAGUAUGGAAAAUAUGUUCAUUCUCUAAUGAUAAAAUAGUACCACAAAUAUCAAUUUAAUAUCCAAGAAAAUGGUACCUCCAGAAUCAGCAUAAAAAACUGGACUAGAC